AUGGCUGAUCGCCCUAAUGUUCUUCUUUUCGGGACGGGUGCCGUAGGAUCUGUAUAUCUCUACCUUCUCUCCAAACACUGCGACACCACCGCAAUAUGCCGCUCCAACUACGCCGCCGCAAAAGCAAACGGCUUCACAAUCCACUCCCCCCAGAUCUUUGGCGAGACCCUCCAUUUUAAUCCCCGCGUCGCGCGCACAUGCGCCGAAGCCACUACUCUCGAUGUCGGCUCACCCGCCAAACCAUUCGACUACAUCGUAAUUUGCAGCAAAGUAACCCCCAACACCAUCCCCGCACUUAUCGCACCCGCCGUGACACCCAACCACACCGUGAUCGUCCUACUCCAGAACGGCAUCAACAUCGAAGCGGAAUACACAGCCGCCUUCCCCACCAACCCCAUCAUCAGCGGUGUCGUCUACCUCCCCGUAACGCAAACCUCCCCCGGCGUGAUCCAGCACGGCGACAUCGAGCGCCUCGAGCUCGGCGCGUACCCCUCGUCCGCCUCAUCUGCCCCCACGACGCGCUUCGCGGAGUUGAUCCAGGCGGGCGGCGGGACCGCCGAGGUGUGGGACGACGUGCAGUUCAAGCGGUGGGCGAAGCUGCUCGUCAACGGCUCGUGGAACCCCAUCUGCGCGCUGACGCGCUCCUCGGACGUGAGGUUCAUGGCGUCCUCAGCCGGGGCGACGGACUUCGUGUUCGCGAUGAUGCUUGAGCUUGUGGCGAUUGCGAAGGCGCAUGGGUAUGCGAAUGUGGAUGAGAAGGUGGCGAGGGCGCAGUUGGAGCGGUUUAAGAAGCGGAUUGAGACGAGUAAGGGGGUGGGGAGUGAGCCGAGUAUGUUGACAGAUGUGAGGGAGGGGCGGCGGAUGGAGGUGGAGGCGAUUGUGGGGAAUGCAGUGAGGAUGGCGAAGGAGAAGGGGGUGGAUUGUGUGAGGUUAGAAACAGUGUAUUUCCUGGCAAAAGGGUUGGAUGAGGCGAUUGGGAGGGCGUUGAAGGGGUCGAAGUAAAGGAGUGAGGGCUUUAUCGACAUGCACUUCAGGGGGUUGGAGAAAUUGUAGAGAUUGCCAUACCCAAUGGAUAGAGUACGCAUAUUUAUAGACCAUAUAGCGAGCUCUUUGGCUCUUUGCAGAACAAUUGGUAAACUUGCAGACAUG